GGCGGCGCUACACGCUGAGCGUGGCCCUGCCGGGCUCCAUCCUGAACAACGCCCAGUCGCUGGAGCUGCGGACGUACCUCGCGGGGCAGGUCGCUCGUGCCUGUGCCGUCUUCUGCGUGGACGAGAUCGUAGUGUUCGACGAGCACGGAGAGGAUGUGAAGAGUGUGGAGGGGGAUUUUGAAGGAAUUGGGAAGAGAGGCAAGGCUUGCGUGCAGCUGGCUCGGAUCCUGCAGUACUUGGAGUGCCCUCAGUACCUGAGGAAAUCCUUUUUUCCAAAACAUGAGGAUCUGCAGUUUGCAGGGCUGCUCAACCCCCUGGACAGCCCCCACCACAUGCGGGUGGAUGAGGACUCAGAGUACCGGGAAGGUGUAGUGUUGGACCGGCCAACUAAGCCAGGCAGAGGCUCUUUUGUCAACUGUGGGAUGAGGAAGGAGGUGCAGAUCGACAGACAGCUGAACCCUGGUCUGCGAGUCACCGUGCGCCUGGAGGAGCCCCAGAAGCCAGAAGCUAAAGUGCGGAAAGGCACCGUGGUGUCCUCGCAGCACCCCCGGACAGUCUCGGGCUUGUACUGGGGUUACAGCGUCCGCCUUGCCUCCUGCCUGAGUGCUGUGUUUUCGGAGUGCCCCUUCAAGGAAGGCUACGAUCUCUCUAUCGGGACCUCAGAGCGGGGCAGCUCCGUGGACGAGGCCACUCUCCCUCCCUUCAGACAUGCCCUUGUUGUGUUUGGAGGUCUCGAGGGUUUGGAAGCUGGAGUUGACGUGGACCCCAACCUGGAGGUCACUGACCCAAGUGUCCUGUUUGACUUCUACCUGAACACGUGUCCCAGCCAGGGCAGCAGAACCAUCCGGACAGAGGAAGCUCUGCUCAUCUCUCUCUCUGCGCUGAGGCCCCACAUCCAGGAGGCUGUGAAGACACUGGCGACAGCUGAGGGCAGGAAAGCCACAGACCCUGCUGCUCAAGGCUUCAUCCUCCCCAACAGCAGGAAGGGCUGGAGCUUCAGUUGGACCUCAGUGCUAAAGCCCGUCAGCACAGCUCAUUAG